AUGUACUUCUUUGGCAUCUUUGUCAAUAUUUGCCUUUUGGUGCUGCCAUUGGCGGUCACAAUUGGCACAUUAGCUGGCAUUGAUGCUCAUCGCAAAGCACUCGAUGAAGAACCCCUGUUCAAAAAGGGCUCUUAUUUCAAACGAGCAUAUAUCGACCAAGCCUCGAGCAAUUCAACAAGUCCCGAUCUUACACCACACUAUGAUCUUGCAACUGAAGAUGAUAUCUCCUGGAAAGCGACAAUUCAAGUUUCAGCAUAG